GGGUGGGACGUCUAAUCUAAGCCCAGCCCAGUGAUUACAUUAGCUGGGCGCUGAUUAGGUUAGGAUGCCCAGGGAUAAAGCCAGGAUCUUUGGAACUUGGCUUCAUUUGGAGUUCAGCUACCAAGAGGAAACCUUCCUCUGGGUCCUGGAGUAUUUGGCCUGAAAUUGGCAAUUUGGGAGUUGCUGCUCCAGGGGGCUCCGUGCGGAGCUCGGCCGCCAGCCGCUCCGCCCAGCCUUUCCCGGCGUCCCCACGCGGGGCGCAGCCGCGAGAAAGGAACGCAGGUCACACCGUCAGCGCCCAGAGCAGCGCCAGUUUCCGGGCCCGGCCUGCUCUGGGAGCCAUGAGUUGCAGCCGCCCCCCUCCCGACGUGGACGGCAUGAUCACCCUCAAGGUGGACAACCUGACCUACCGGACCUCUCCCGACAGCCUGAGGCGAGUGUUCGAGAAGUACGGGCGCGUGGGCGACGUAUAUAUCCCGCGGGAGCACCACACCAAGGCGCCCCGGGGCUUCGCCUUCGUCCGCUUUCACGACCGGCGCGACGCGGAAGACGCCGAGGACGCCAUGGACGGGGCGGAGCUGGAUGGACGCGAGCUGCGGGUGCAGAUGGCGCGCUAUGGCCGCCGGGACUUGCCCCGCAGCCGCCGGGAAGAGCCGCGCGGCAGGUCCGGAGGCGGCCGCUACGGAUUGCGGAGCCGCAGCCCCAGGCGGCGACACCGCAGCCGAUCCCGGGGUCCCAGCUGCUCUAGGUCCCGCAGCAGAUCUCACUAUGGGGGGUCUCGCUAUAGCCGGUCUCCCUACAGCCGAUCUCCCUUCAGGAGAUCUCGCUACAGCCGAUCUCCCUACAGACGAUCUCAUUGCAGAGGAUCUCGCUACAGUCAAUCUUACAGCCGGCAUCACUACAGCCGAUCUCCCUACAGGGAAUCUCGCUACAGGAGGUCUCCCUACAUCCGGUCUUCCCGCAACAGGUCUCUCUACAACCGCUCUCACUCGAAGUCUGGGUCUGGCUCUCGCUCUCCAUCAACCUCCAAAUCCAGCUCUGCGCGAAGAUCCAAGUCCUCCUCCAUCUCCAGAUCUUGCUCAAGGUCCAGGUCUAGAUCUACGUCCCGGAGUACUACCCCCAUAUCCAAGAGGAAAUCCAAGUCCAGGUCGUGAUCCAAGAGUCCUCCCAGGUCUCCUGAAGGGGAAAAAGGACAAGUGUCCUCCAAGGAAAAUGAUCAUCAGCUGACGCGUGAUGGACGACUUGGGGAAAAGGACUCCAUACUCAGUCCAUGGAAGCAGAAUCCCUGGAAGAAGCGACUGCCUAAUGAAACGGUUGUGUGACAUUUGUCUACCUUUUUACCAGUUUGAAGUGUUGCAUCAGAUGGCAAGAUUCAUUUCAUGUGCCAUUGUGUUGUUAUUCAAAUUUUCUUGUAAUUUAGUGAGGUAAACUACUUUAGAUUGGAUUUGGAUGUUUGAGGGGAAAUUUUAUAUUUGUCUUUUUUUGUUUUUUUUUGAGAUGGAGUCUAGCUCUGCUGCCCACGCUGAAGUGCAGUGGCGCCAUCUGCAUCUUCCACCUCCUGGGUUCAAGCCAUUCUCAGGCCUCAGCCUCUGCAGUAGCUG